ACUCGCGCUGGUGUGUCACGUGAUAUAUUUCGCGCCAGGUUCGUCUGUGUGAUUUUGUACACAAAAGGGUCUGCUAGCUGUUCAAGAAAUAUUGUUUUCGUUGUCGAAUUUGAUUGAAAUACAGUAAAUUACAAGUUCACACCAUGGCAGCCAGGGAUUACAUUGCAGAAAAGGACAAAUGCAAAGGCUUCUUGACUGAUUUCUAUGUCGAUGGAGGAAGGAAAGGAAAGAAGAACUUCAAAUAUGCACAACAGUUGGUGAGCAUUGCACACAGAGAGCAGGUUGCCCUCACCAUCGACCUCGACGACGUCUCUGAACACGAUCCAGAACUUGCUGAGGCCAUCGUUGAGAACACCCGCCGUUACAUCCAGCUCUUUGCUGAUGCGAUCCAUGAUCUGCUUCCAGAUUACAGACAGAAAGAGGUGAUCCACAAAGAUGCGUUGGACGUGUACAUCGAGCAUCGUCUUCUUAUGGAGCAGAGGGUGAGAGGUCCUAACGCUGGUGAGCAGCCUCGUGAUGCAAGGAACCAGUUUCCCGCUGAACUCAUGAGGAGAUAUGAGCUGUACUUCAAGACAUCCUCCCAGCAGAAAGCCCUCUCUGUCCGUGACAUCAAGGCCGACCGCAUCGGCAAGCUGGUCCAGGUCCGGGGUAUCGUGACCAGGUCAACAGAGGUCAAGCCCAUGAUGACCGUUGCUACCUACACCUGUGACCAGUGCGGUGCUGAGACUUAUCAACCGAUCAAUUCUCCAAUGUUCAUGCCUCUCCUGACGUGCCCUAGUCAAGAAUGUACAACAAACAAAUCAGGUGGUCGUCUCUACCUCCAGACCCGAGGGUCAAAGUUCGUCAAGUUCCAGGAGGUCAAGAUCCAGGAACAGAGCGACCAGGUUCCCAUCGGUAACAUCCCCCGCAGCAUGACGGUCUACGCUCGGGGCGAGACGACGCGCCAGUGCCAGCCGGGUGAUCAUGUCAGCGUCACCGGCGUGUUCCUCCCGAUGUUGAGGGCGGGCUUCAGGCAGAUGACCCAGGGUUUGCUCUCAGAGACAUUCAUGGAUGCACAUAGUAUCAUCAAGAUGAACAAAGCUGAUGAUGAAGAGAUGUCAAUGGAAGAGCUAUCUGAGGAGGAGGUUCAGCAGAUUGCAGAGGAAGACUUCUAUGAGAAGCUUGCCUGUUCCAUUGCACCCGAGAUCUACGGAAUGGAGGAUGUCAAGAAAGCUCUCCUCUUACUCCUGGUCGGUGGGGUCGAUAGGUCGCCCAAGGGAAUGAAAAUCAGAGGUAACAUUAACAUCUGUUUGAUGGGUGAUCCUGGUGUAGCCAAGUCUCAGUUGCUGGGAUACAUUGACCGCCUUGCGCCAAGGAGUCAGUACACGACAGGUCGAGGGUCAUCUGGCGUUGGUUUGACCGCUGCGGUCAUGAAGGAUCCCAUCACGGGUGAGAUGAUUUUGGAAGGGGGUGCCCUUGUGCUGGCUGAUGAGGGCGUAUGCUGCAUCGACGAGUUUGACAAGAUGAACGAGACGGACAGGACGGCUAUCCAUGAAGUGAUGGAACAACAGACUAUCUCUAUUGCAAAGGCUGGUAUCAUGACCUCGUUGAAUGCCCGUGUCUCCAUCCUGGCUGCUGCCAAUCCCGCCUAUGGUCGUUAUAACCCCAAGAAAUCCCUCGAGCACAACAUCCAGCUUCCGGCUGCUCUCCUCUCUCGAUUUGAUCUACUGUGGCUCAUCCAAGACAAGGCGGACAGGGAGAAUGAUUUGAGACUUGCCCAGCAUAUCACCUAUGUUCAUCAGCAUUGCAAGCAACCUCCCACCCAGACAAACCCACUUGACAUGAACCUAAUGAGACGUUAUAUCGCCCUCUGUAAGACCAAACAGCCAGUCAUCCCAGAGGCCUUGACGGACUACAUCACAGGGGCAUAUGUAGAGAUGCGUAAAGAGGCUCGCGGGAGCAAGGAUUCAACAUUCACAUCUGCCAGAACUCUGCUUAGUAUUCUCCGACUUGCAACGGCUCUGGCCCGUCUGCGUUUGAUUGAGGUAGUGGAGAAGGAGGAUGUCAACGAAGCGAUGCGUCUCAUGGAGAUGUCUAAGGAAUCUUUGAUUGGCCAGUCAGAUACGGCUGCAAGGCCCCAGCGUGCCGAAGAUGUGAUCUACCGAAUCGUGUGCGAUGCGAUCUCCGAGAUGUCUGGCCGUAGCAUCAAGUACACCGAGGCGCGGCAGGCGUGCCUCGCCAAGGGCUACACCAACGACCAGUACGAGGAAGCCAUCGAAGCGUACGAGGAGCUGAACGUUUGGCAGGUCAACACGGCGAAAACGAAGAUCACGCUGGUCUAGAACGAUGAUGACGAUAAUAUGGACAAUUCAGUCUGCAAACACAGACUCAAAUUUGAUAUUUUUAAAAUUAAUACCAUGUCUAGAAUGAAGACUAAGACUCCAAGCUCUCUCUCUCUCUGUAUCAUGCAGCCUUAGUGCAUAAGUGAAUUUAGUCUCACUAUUUCAGACCCUACAUUAUUAUGCAUGACAAGAAAUCUAAGGUCUGUGCCUGCAGACUAUCGAAGAGUGAGUGCAGACAUUGCCGUUGAGUACAUAGGAAUAUCAAGCAUUGGCAGAUGCGCUUUAAUGAGAGGAUCCUGUGGGCUUUAGAUUUUAACGUUGGCAAAGCGACCUUAGAGGAAAGUGUGAACUCAUGAGGUGUAAUCAAAGAACGCAGAAGAUGAGCAGCAGGACGAAUCGGGAAAUAUGUAUGUCUGAAUCUAUGUG